AUGAGCGAUCUUCUGAAGUAUAUCCUAUCGCAUGAAGAUGCUUUCAGAAAAAAUCGAUUACCUUCUCUAUACUCAGACUUUGCCCUACAGAAAAGCACGAACCCUGAUGGAUACGCUGUGAAUGUCGCGGCUUGGGAAACGGCCCUCACGAACGCGGCACGUACCGGCCAUGUGACGACCAAUAAAACCUCGAGCAAGAAACGCGACCAUUUAGUCUUGAUUGCAGAUGAGAAUCUGUUACACAUGUUGGAGUCCCCAGAAUGGGGCAGGCCGGUGGCUCUGGCGAAUGUUUUUGAUGAGGCGAUACAGAAGCGAAAUAUAGUUCCUUUAGAAGUCUACAGAUCCAGUAAUUUCAGCCUAUCGACGAGCCGAUGGAGAGCCCUCGACCUGGGAGUGCUGAGCCCUUGGAACGUCAUGAACUGGAGUUUGAGACAGCUCAAGGGACUUGUUGUUGGGAUGGAUAAUGGUUCUAGAAAGCUUCGCAGUCAGACACUCGUGCUUGUGGAUAACCUCAAGGAGGCUGCGAAACAAGUACUACUUUUACAAGGUAGCCAGAAGGCAUCGUCGUUAGAUAGGAUAUAUUCUAAAGAGAGAUUUACAAAUACCUUCGGCACUGUGCUAGGUGAUACCGAGCUCUCAGAUAACGACAUAGAGGCCCUACUAAUUUACCUCUCACGGGAUAUAAAUGCCAUAUCUUAUGAUGGAAAGACGAUCAAAUUCCACACUGGCAACGACAAAUCUCCAGUUACCCCCGAAGAUACAACCAUAGCUCAUAUGAGGGACCUCAUCUCAAACCUGGCCGAACAGAUAUCCCGGCUUGAAGAUAAGAUUGGCGAAUUCAAUGCCAACGCGAAGAAGGCACUCGCCAACAAAAACCGCAUAUCUGCCCUCUCAGUCAUCAAGAAUAAAAAGAUUGCUGAACACAAUCUUAACCAGCGCGUUAAUACGCUACACCAGCUAGAAGAAGUAUACAACAAAAUCGAGCAGUCGGCAGAUCAAAUUGAGAUUGUGCGCGUCAUGCAAGCCAGCGCGGGCGUUCUUCGAAGUCUACACGCACAAAUGGGCGGCAUCGAAACAGUUGAGGAUGUCGUUGAGAAUCUGCGCGAGGAGAUGUCCAAGGUCGAUGAAGUCGGCAAUAUCAUCAACGAGGCUGGUCCUGUCAUUGAUGAAGGAGAAAUCGAUGAUGAGUUGGAAGCACUUGAGACCAAGGAACUCCGCGAGAGAGAGGAGGAGGAAGCCAAGGCUACGAGGCUAAGAUUGGAACAGCUGAAAAGCCACGAACAAGCCGCUCGAGAGACUGCUGCGAGGUUGGCGGAAGCCUCAAAAACAGCAGAGACGACGGAAGAUAUCGAUUCAGAAUUGGCAAAGAGUAUUGGUCAACUCUCGACCAUGUCCUUGAAUGACUCGGCAACGACGGAGUGCGAAGAGAAGUCCGUGACUAAACAGCCGGUACUUGCAGAGUAG